CAAAUGCUUCGGUUGCUUCAUCACCCUCCACGUACCCUUGGUGCCACUGCAGAGAAUUCAUCUGCCUAGUCCUCCACGCAAGCUCCCCCAAGUGUUUUAGUAUUUGAAGAACAAACGUCAAGUCGGCGCCUGACCAGACCAGCUUUGUUUCCAAUCACCACCCCCCAACCAGCAAAAAUGGACUUCUCCGACAGCUUCCGGAUCGUCAACCUUGUGGUUGCGGUCAUUAUGGUACUGGGAGGCAUCUCCCAGUUCUUCCCGCUAAGAUUCCAAUCUGUCGUGGUUGGAUGCUAUGUCAUCAUCUUUGGACUUGCUACUGGUCUUCUUGAGUUCCAAAUCCCUCCGCAGGUGUCUCGCCACGCCUCCUUCCUCUUCUCCUUCAUCGGACGCGGUAUCUUCUACAUCUUCGUCGGGUCCAUCCUCCUCCACGACAACGUGCUGCGCGUGAUCGCCGGCUCGAUCGUCGGCAUCGUCGGCGUGGCGUACGUCAUCCUCGAGUUCAUCCCCUCCGUCGAGCCCCCGGCAAACAUGCGCGAGGCGGACGCCGGCUGGGGCGCCGAACAGGUCUAGACGGGGCGAGGGAGCUUCGGCGACCUCCGUGGCUUCUCAAGUCGCAUCUUGUUCGUUCCUCGUGUCGACAAGCAUUUGUUACAUCUGGUGAAUUAUGAUAACAGGGGGGGCGGUUGAGGUGUUGUGGGGUGGGGAAGGGGAUCGGAGACUGGGGUCUCGGGAACCGAGGAGGGUGAGAUUCCAAGAGAUCUUAUAUACGCUGUACGUUCAACGAAUCGGUCGGAGGCACAAUGGACCACCGAGUGGUGGCUCGAUCGUCCAUGUACGAUAUGGAUGCCAUAGUACGAUUUAGCUCAUAUUCUUGCUCGUAAUGCGUCCGUUAUAAUGCUUCAAAUAUACGCCAUUGCUACUAA